AUGGAGGACACAAGCCCUGAUACUCCCUUCAAGUACGUCGUGCCACAGCUGAGACAACACCCCACCCGGAGCGAUGGCCUUCCAACGGAACCUCCGCCCCGGUUCAACCUGCCAGGCUUCGCGCACGCUGCAUCUCGCCAGCUUGGGACUGGAACAACACUGACCAGCAUUCUCGAGUCACCUUCACCCCCUUCACUUGAUCCGGAUACCGCACACUUCGCCGAAGAAGAGACACCGCUUGCCGGCUCUCCAGUCCAGGCAUCGACAGGCGGCCACUUACCCUCCUCCUCCACUAACCCUGCAAAUCCGCAACAUCCGGUCGCUGUAUUCAAGAAGUUUCUGCCGAAGAGUCUCAGAGAAGUCGACCCGGACUUGUACCUCGUCGCCUUCCAAGAGCAGCUCGCGCUGCAGAUCAAGGAGAUGACGGUCGCGGCCAAGCGCACAAACCUUCCUCGCCAUCUAGUCUCGCCACUCGCUCACCUCAGAGCCCUGGCUCACACGGUCGAUCAAAUCAAGCAGCCGCGACGAUACACCACGAAGGUUACACGAGCCAAGAAAUGUGCACAGAUCCAGAAACUGCUUGAUGCGCUCCAAAAAGUCAGCAAGACGGCGUUGAAAGAUGACUCGGACUCGGCCCAUCAAGACAAAGUACUCGGUCAAGAUGAUGGGCUCGAUGAUCUGAUCACCUCCUACGACUGUGAUCUGCAACGCCAGCUCGAUGCGCUGAAGCCGUGCAUGGUUGACUAUCGCGUGGCUCUCGGGAUUUCCAUGGUCAUGGUUGUGGUCAGUGUAUUGAUCUUGUUGAUAUACUCCAGAUCUUCGUAUUCCUGGAAAGUGCCUGCCCCUUGGUGCGUUAGUUGCCAGUCGUCCUGGUGCUGA